AUGGGGAAGUUCAUGAGGAAGUCGAAGACAACAGGAGAGCGAGCCCUCGUGGAAGCCUCUCUAGGCGUACGUACAAGGGCCAAAACCCUAGCUUUGCGACGUCUCAAGAAAUCCGCGGCUGCACCGCUCUCUACGGCGGCAGCGGUGGCGGACUCCGAUGGGUCCUACCUUCAGCUCAGAAGUCGACGGCUAGAAAAACCCCAAAUCGUUGUGGCCAACAUCGAUGCAAAAAGACAGAGACAGCAUCCAAAACAGAGCAAUUUGCCAAACCCUAGGCAAGAAAAGGUAAACCAAAACCCUAGUUCUAAAACGAGUUCGAGGUUGAGAGUUGGGUCUUCUGCCAAUUCUGGGUCUUUUGGCGAAGAAAAUGGUUGCAUGCAGGCGGAGGACAAGAUGGUGGGUAAAGAGGAGGGUUGUUUGGAUACAGAUAAUCAAGAAAUUGACAACAAAGAAGAGAGUGGUGAUAGGGUUCUUGAAGCUUCUUUCGGAGAGAAUAUGUUCGAAUUUGAAGGUAGAGAGAGGAGCGCUAGGGAGACCACACCAUUUAGUUUGAUAAGGGAUCCAGACAACAUCAGAACUCUUGGUUCUACUACUAGUCCUACCAGUUCAACUGAGGCUAAUGGUAUAAUUCAAAAUUCAAUGGAAAGACACAUUCCAAUGGCACUUGAAAUGGAAGAGUUUUUUGCUGGUGCAGAAAAAGAGCAGCAAAGACAAUUUGUUGAGAAGUACAACUUUGAUCUCGUGAACGAGAAACCCCUUCUGGGCCGUUAUGAAUGGGUAAAGAUGGAGCCUUGA